AUGAAAAAUGAAAUUGCGGUGGUGGUAUUUUUCCUAAAGCGGCUGAUAAAGAAGGCUGAGAAGUUGGAUGCAGAAAAGAUGGAUCUCUUUGUGGAACGGUUAACAGUAGCACUACAGAAGUUCAAGGGUCACUGGUAUCCAGCCAACCCCAGCAAGGGCCAGGCAUUCAGGUGUAUCAGAGUUAACCGGUUCCAUAAAGAGGAUGCAGAAUUGCUCCGAGCUUGUGCUGAAAGCGGAGUGCAGUACAAAGACCUUGGUCUUCCUAAAGAGCUCACUCUUUGGGUUGACCCUGGAGAGGUGUGCUGUAGGUACGGCGAGAAGAACCAUGGUUUUACUGUGGCCAGUUUCUCAAGCGACGAUGACGAUAAAGAGGAUGUGAUGAAGAAAGUGACAAGCGCUGUGGAGAGGGUCACAUCAGACUACCACUCUGGAUUCUCCUCGGAUGAGGACAACAGCUGUAGAGAGCCUCUGUUCACCCCACCGUUCCACAACCACCCUCCAUACCAUCUUAUGCAUGCCAGUGCCCCAAUGUGGCAGCCAGUACCAAGGAGGAAAUUCAUCACAGGGAAGGCGCACUACCUUCCAUGACCACACUAUAUGAUCCGCCUCCCUUGUAGACCCAACCACCCGUUUAAGCCACACAGCUGGGUCCAG